GUAUUGAGUGUGGAGCUUUUAGAUGAGUCAUUGAACGCAGCAUUAGGUUCAGAGUGGGACGGGCUUAAGCGGGAGGUCAUCACAAACAUGGCGUGGAGAGGAUGUGUAUUGAAAUGGGCCAAAACAGAGUUAAUCAGAUCUCAUAACACUACCUCACGAAACUCCAGAGUCAGUCCCUUCAACCAACAGAGGUGUGGUUUCCGUCGGGAAGCCAGAAGGCCAGACACAAAGAAAGGCAAUGUUAGUCAAGAAACUAAACCUUCACCCACUGAGGCUAGUGCACUGAGGCCACCACCUCCUCCCAAAGUCCCCAGGCCGACACUGUUCAAACCGCUGAUGUUCACAGUUGGGUUUACAGGCUGCUCGUUUGGUGCGGCAGCCAUUCUGCAGUACGAGACCCUGAAGUCAAGAGUUCAGACUGCAAAAGAUGAAGAAGAGGCUGAAAAAAUCUUACAGGGGUCCCAGGACAUGGCCCACUGGCAUGACUGGUGGAACCAGCUGUCGGGCUUCCAGCGACAGCUCAUCAUUCUGAUGUCCAUGGCGGAUGACUUCUGGAGCAGCCUCACAGAGGGACAGAGGACUGUUACAGGUAUUAUUGCAGUAAAUGCCGUGGUCCUGUGUUUGUGGCGGAUCCCUUCAAUGCAAAGAAGCAUGAUGAAGUACUUCACGUCCAGCCCAGCCUCCAAAACACGCUGCCUUCCCAUGAUCCUGUCCUCCUUCAGCCACUACUCCUUUAUCCACAUGGCGGCCAACAUGUAUGUCCUGUGGACAUUCUCCUCAGGAAUUGUCUCUCUCUUAGGGAAAGAGCAGUUUCUUGCAGUCUACCUGUCUGCUGGUGUUAUUUCCAGUAUGUUUAGCUACAUGUGUAAAACUGCCACUGGACGUCUCUCUCCAUCAUUAGGAGCAUCAGGUGCUGUCAUGGCGGUCUUGGCUGCUGUCUGUGCAAAGGUGCCAGAGGCCAAACUAGGCAUAAUUUUCGCCCCCAUGGUGACUUUCACAGCAGGACAUGCUCUGAAAGUGCUCGUUGCCAUUGAUGCAGCAGGGCUUCUGCUGGGGUGGCGGCUCCUCGACCACGCAGCUCACCUUGGCGGAGCCCUCUUUGGAGUGUGGUAUGUGGCGUACGGUCACAAGCUUAUAUGGAGGAAGCGGGAGCCCCUUGUGAAGAUGUGGCAUGACAUGCGUUCCCCAGGAGCCCAAGGAUCUGGGCCUGGAGGCCGGCCCGGGGUCGGUGGCGACAGUGGCAGCGGUGGUGGUGGAGGACCCAGACCAGAGUAAAACUCUGCAAGGUCUCUGGGGUCCACUUUGAAAAAAGACUGGAGUUGCCUCACAGUUACCUCAGAAUAUGCAAGGACACUAACUAUCCACUGAGAUGGACUAGGAUGUUGUUGUUUAUCAAUAAAUAUAGUUUUUCAUCCA